AAUUUCUCCACCUCCUACUCCGAAGACUCCUUUUAUUCCCCCCUCCCAAUUUUUUCCACCUACAGCUGAUUCUCGUCUUCUCCAAUUCAUCAAAAAACCAGAACUGAUCAUCAAAUCUAUGGCUUCCGCAUCCAACAACCCAAAAGACGACACCGAAACAAAUCUCACAAAGAAGAUUACAGUCAGAACUCCAAUGGUUAUCACCAAAGAAGCUUUGGACUCCAUUCUUCAACACCAAAAUCUAAUCGAACACUUCCAAUCAUCUCUGCCGAUCGUCUUCCCCACAAUUUCCAGCCCAAUGCGUCAAAGCCAUGCCGUUCAACCCCAUUCCUCUCUCCUCCUCAUGCCCUCUUGGUCUUCUUCUCCUUCUCUUCCCUAUAUAGGCGUCAAGCUUGUAACCCAUUUCCCCCAAAAUUCCGCCAUUAACUUACCUGCAAUUCAUGCGAGUUACUCGCUCUUUAGCUCCACCACUGGCCAAACUCUGGGCUCCAUGGACGGUACUGCUUUGACUCUUUACAGAACUUCUUGUAUCUCUGGUUUAGCUGCGAAAUAUUUAGCCAGACCUGACAGUAGGGUCAUGGUUAUGGUGGGUGCGGGUGCCUUGGGACCCCAUUUGAUCAAAGCUCAUUUGGCAGUAAGACCCAGCGUUAAGAAAGUGAUUAUUUGGAACAGAACUGAAGAAAGAGCUAAAAAACUAGCUGAUGAGAUGCGGGAAAACGCAGGGCUAGAUGGUGUCUGCUUUGAGAGUAGUGCAAAUCUGGAUGAUGCGAUCUCGGUGGCGGAUAUUGUGAGCUGUGCAACAAACUCGGAGGUUCCUCUAGUCAAAGGUGAUAAGUUGAAGGGUGGGGCGUACUUAAAUUUGGUGGGGUCGUUCCAGCACUCAAUGAGGGAGUGUGACGAUAUGGCGAUGAAGAGAGGGAGAGUUUUCGUGGAUUGUGAAGAAGCUUUGGAGGAGGCAGGGGAGUUGGUGGGAGCUUUGGAGAGAGGGGUUAUUGAGAAGAGUGAUAUUAUGGGAUUGGUGGAUUUGAUAAAAAAAGGGGAGAUUGUUGGAAGGAGAAAUGAGGAUGAAAUUUUUGUAUUCAAAUCUGUUGGAUCUGCAGUGUUCGACCUCGUUGCAGCUCAGUUAGCGUACGAAACAACCACAUGAACUUUUCAAGCUUCUUUUAAUAAACACACCCACCCACAGGCCACAGGUGCUUCCUCUUUCCUCUCAUUUUCUCCAUCACAUUUCCUUUCUUCCUGUUCCCUCUUAAAAUAUAAAAGUGUACGUCUAUUUGAUCCGGAAAGAAAAAAAUUGGAGAAAAAGUUGAAAUGAGGAGGGUUAGAGAAAUAAAGGGAAGUCAAUAGGAAUGAGAAGUUGAGGGGGAAAUACGCAUAUAAUAAUAUAUAGUGGGAAAAGGGAUUUUACGAUAUUUGAAGAGACGUUAAAUUAGAACUUAAAAAGAGUUUGAUUCUAGGGGAGAUUAUUCAACAAGAAUAUAAGUUAACGGUUGAGUGAUUUUUCUUUGUUUCUUUCUCUUUUUUAAGGGUUAGGAUGUGCAAACCAUGGUAUGUAUGGUAUUCAAUUUCUGUCCUAUUGUACGUAUGGUAUUCAAUUUCUGUCCUAUUGUACGUGUU